GACCAAUAUGUGCUUGGAGUAGUUUCUUUGGCGGCCGUUGAGGAGAGGCGGCGAGACGACUCGCCGGCGCCGGCUGGCUGGAUCGUUUAGUUGGAGCAAAUCUGAAUCGGCCGGCUUGCGACUCCCUCCAUCGACCAAGAAGAUGAGUUUCGGAGUCGAUGCUUCGCAGGACCUGCAACUGCCCGCUAGUGGUAGCGGAACCGACGCGAGCACCCUGAGCGCACAAGGCGGCGACGGCCACGACACCACCAGAGUGGUCAUCAAGCAGAGCGUGGCGGCCGUGCCGGUCCGGCAGAGGUGGCAGACCGGCCUGUUCGACUGCGAAGACGACGGCUGCGACGCAUUUUGCUGGAGCGCCUGGUUCCCCUGCGCGGCGUUCGCCUGCAUCGCCGACAUCGUCGACCAGGGCUCGGAGGGCCGGUGCGUGCACUUCACCUGCUACCUCGGCGCGGCCUACUUCGGACUGUGGUGGGUGUACGCGGGGUGGUACCGGCGCAAGCUGCGGGAGAAGUACGACCUGCCGGAGACGCCGCUGCCGGACUGCCUCACCCACCUGCUCUGCCACUGGUGCGCCCUCGCCCAGGAGUACAGGGAGCUCACCGGGCGGGGAUUCGACGUCGACCAGGGCUGGGAGGGCCGGCCGCGGCCGGCGACUGCACCGGCGGCGACCGCCGUGCCCCGGGUCCAGGUGCCGAUGACCAGGCGGCUAUGAGCGAUCGAUCUAGCGCAGCGUGGGGCCGUCGAACGAGCUAACCAGCACGGUUAACUCCGGUCUCCCAGCUUAGUGAAGUACCCCGCUGCCUUAAUAAUAACCCAGCGUGGCCGUGCGCGUGUGUGCGCAGCUUUUGGUUUGCUCUGUCUGGUAUCUUCGCUAGUGGCGCGUAGUACUGCGUGAUGUGGCGAUUUGUACUUGGGCUGCAAUGCCUGUCACUUAAUUAUGCGUGGUUAGUGUACCCAUAAUGAGAACGCAGUUUCCCUGUUCCGUCCGUGUCACGGACAGUAUAUUUUUUUUCUAUGGGA